AAGGCGGGACGUGGUAGGCAGGUCUGUCAGCGUCAAGGCAAGAUUUCAAAACCCGGCUCACCCACCCAACACCCGGCUGGCCGCGCAGCAGCCGCACAAAAGCAGCAGACGUGGAAAGUACGGGUGCUACGAGGUCGUGGGUGGUUAAAUGCGCGGACAAAGCGGACCCGGCGAGUUGGACAUGGAGAGCGUUACUGCUCUUCCUGAUGACCUGGAGGGGAAAAAGGAGAUGGCAGCCACAGAGGACGCAGAUAAGAACGUUUACACACGCUUCAUGAAAUCCCAUCGCUGCUACGAUCUGGUGCCCACCAGUUCAAAGCUGGUUGUGUUUGACACCUCACUGCAGGUGAAAAAAGCAUUUUUCGCUUUGGUGUCCAAUGGGGUGAGAGCAGCCCCACUAUGGGACAGUAAGAAGCAGUGCUUUGUGGGCAUGCUGACCAUCACUGACUUCAUCAACAUCCUGCAUCGCUACUACAAAUCUCCUUUGGUUCAAAUAUAUGAGCUAGAGGAGCACAAAAUAGAGACAUGGAGAGAGGUCUAUUUACAAGACUCCUUCAAGCCCCUAGUCAGCAUCUCCCCUAAUGCCAGCCUAUACGAUGCCGUCUCUUCUCUGCUGAAGAACAAGAUCCACAGGUUGCCCGUCAUUGACCCUCUGACAGGCAACACCCUCUAUAUCCUGACGCACAAGAGGAUCCUCAAGUUUCUCAAGCUCUUUAUUUCUGAGAUGCCCAAACCCGCCUUCCUAAAUCAGACACUGGAGGAGCUGAAUAUCGGCACCUUCCACAAGAUCGCCAUGGUGCAUGCUGACACGCCCCUCUACACAGCGCUGGGCAUCUUUGUGGACCAGAGAGUAUCUGCGCUACCAGUGGUGGAUGACAAGGGACGAGUGGUGGACAUUUACUCCAAGUUUGACGUCAUAAACUUGGCGGCCGAGAAGACCUACAACAACCUGGACCUGUCGGUGACCAAGGCACUACAGCACCGUUCCCAGUACUUUGAGGGCGUCCUCACGUGCCACAGGAGUGAGACCCUGGAGACCAUCAUCAACAGGCUGGUGGAGGCCGAGGUCCACAGGUUGGUGGUGGUGGAUGAACAGGACGUGGUGAAAGGAAUUGUCUCCUUGUCGGACAUCUUGCAGGCUCUGGUGCUCACUAAUGGCGAGGGGGGUACCGCCUGAAGUUGGAGUUGGAAUGAAGGUCUUCCGGCUCUUCCCUUUCGUCUGUGGAACAGCUGGGAGGCAGAAGUGGGUUUGAAAAGGGAGAAGCACCAGCAGCUGUUAUCCGUGUUCUACACGCCCCCUUUGAGCCCCGACUCCGCCCCUUUGAGCCCCGACUCCACCCCUUUUGAACCCCGGUUUCCACCGCCUCCUGAUACAAGGGAGCAUCCGGGAUUUUGAACAGAGCAAUAAUCACAAAGUAUGAUUCACUGAAACCAGGCCACAGGGUCCACUGGAGCACGGGGCUACUGGAAUCGCAGGGCAGUCUAGAGCAGAUCCCUUCCCAAUAUCUACUUUUACCUUUUAGGCAUAUGAGUAAAAAAAAUACAGUUUAAACAUAUUUAUGCAGUUACUUCAGUUAGAAAUGAUUCUCUCUCCAUUGGCGACAUGAUGAUUUCACCUGUUUAGAGGCAUACAUUGUUCCGUGCUCACUUAGGGACGUCAUGUGGGUCUGAUGCCUUCAGAUGGGGGUCAUGACAGCAAGUGCAAAAGCUGACCAGCACUGCACACCUGCUGUCUGAAGUUUGCUCUAUUACUAUAGUUUAUACUACAAGUUUUUUUUUUUUUUUUUUUUAAAUUUGCGAAGGAUACAACCAUUUUGAGUUUUAUGGGAUCAGAUUAUCUAGACUUGUUUGAUAUUUGACUUAGAUAUUUGCCAUCAUUAGUGGAGCAUUAUUUGGGUAUACCUUCAGUUUUAUCCUUCCUCUGACUUUUAUUUUGUGCAUUGGCUGUGGCUACACCUUGGAAGUAUGGAUAUUUAAAUUAACUUUCACAGGAGUUGCAGUCCUCACCCACCCACUAGGUGUCAGCCUCUGCGUUCGCAACCAAGUGCCAGUUAACCUAAAUGUGUCGGGCUCAAUGAGUAUAAGUACAGAAUGUUUUGUAGGGACAGGGUUGAUCCCCAAAGGAUUUCACGCAGCGUUCUGCUAUUUAGUCAGUCCCUCCUGCAUCGUUAAAAUUGCUAUCAGCGGUGGGAUCUGGCAAACCAGAUAAAUCAUCAGAAAUAACUUCAUGGUGAAGUCAGCCUUCUACACGAGACGAGAGGCUUCUUGAGCGAUGCUUAGGAGCUUUCUGCUCGAACGCCAACGCAGAACGCACACUUAGGUGAUCUCACUGUGAUCCAGUGCUUGCAAUGGAUAAGGCAUGCUGUUUGUUUGACCACAGGAAUCCAAGUAUAGUGAAUAGGAAUACGUCAGAAGAGAUUUCUCUGCAUUUCAGAGCUUGCAGUUUUAUUAUAUAUUCAGUAUCUAAAUCAAGAACCGUGAGUCAAGUAGAUGUUUGUUUAAGGUUACAUUGCUCAGAUUUCCCUUGUACCUCUUGCUGCAUCUUCUCUCCACGGUCAUGAUAGGUUGGGGAUGGUGUGUGAAAGGUGGCCCAGCAGUGCAGCAAGGCAUUGGAUGAGAAGCUUGGGUAAAAAUUCUGGGUCUCAGCAGGGCGGACAAAUGCCCACUUCGUUUGCGCAGCCAUGCUCACUGAAGCAUUUGAGAGACUCCUUCGCCAACCAGACAAACCACAGAGCGCGCAACUUUCCCGUCACACAACUGAAUGAUCAUCGUAUUACCGAUGCAGGUCCCGCAUUCACAGCAACGUGGUCGGUCUUGACACUGUGCCAGUGACAGAUCUGCAGUUAAUUAGAUUCUGUUUGGUAUUUCAAUACAUGAAUAAAUGUAUGUGUUUAUAUACAAGUCAUAAUUAUAUCCAUAUUGUUUUUUUUUCUAAUUCUAUCAAUAUUAAGCAUGAGCAAUAAAUUGUGCGUUGUACAA